CACAGACAUGAUAAUUAAAAAAAAAACAACAACAAAAUGAAAUCAACAAUAGAGUAAACACGGGGUUGCUAAAAGGGAUUAAAAACAUUAAGCAAAUGAGUGUUCAGGUUUGUCACUUUGUUGUCAGGAAGAGUGUGUUUAUCCUGGAACCUGCUGUUCAGAGUCUGCUGCCUUUGUGCUUGUUAUCAUCCCACAGGACUGAACAACUUGUGUUUUCAUCAUGCGUUCUUUGCAGUAAUUUGUUCUUAUAUUUGACAACUGUUAAACCGGUCAGAUAAGAGUUACGCAAAUCUUUGAGGUGAACGUGUCUAAAUGAACAUACACAUCUUCAAAAGCUGAGUUUUUACACACUGAGCUCCUGUCCAUCUCACUGAUUGAAAUUUCAGAAGCCAAAGAUGUUGCAACUUGUCCCAGGUAGACAGAGAGUGAAAAACUCAGGGGAAACAUACCCUGUAACUAUAAUGUAAGAAAUAGAUUUAGGACAUACAGUAUGUGGUUGGGAGAAUAAUGAUGAAUACAGCAAACACUGAUAAUCCACUGAGAGAUGAAUCACAGGUUGGAUUUUCACCUCUGUCCUAUAUAUCAAGCUCUGGCAUCUGCGUGGAGUCAUGUGACUGGGAGGGGAGAGGAUUGGUGGAGAAGAGUAGAAUGCUAAGACUGGGCUCCCAACCUCAGAUCCUGAUCCCGGGGCCCUUUAUCAGCUAUGAAUCCUUGAGGAAUUAUCUGCAGCCAGAGACAUGCAAGGAAGCUUUGCUCCUGGCCACACAGGCGGUCGGGAUGGGGCCACUCACAGAGGGCAUAGAUGAACAGAGGCCAGUGAAGCAGCGUCGUGCACGAGCCAACUACAGCAGCUGGCAGCUGGAGGAGCUGGAGAAGGCCUUCGAGACCACCCACUACCCAGACAUCUUCAUGAGGGAAGCCCUGGCCGUCAGACUGGACCUCAUCGAGGCCAGAGUACAGGUUUGGUUUCAAAACCGCCGUGCUAAGAUGAGACGACAGCUGAAACUCCAGGGCCAGCUUGCAGGGCCUUAUGUAAAAAGAGACAAUGAUGAAACGUCUGAGACACCAAGCAGGAGUUUAAAACAGCAGACAGAAAGUUCAGAUGGCGAGCACUGGGAGAGACGACAGGAAGGAGAAAACUAUCCAUGGACAAAAGAUGUGAGUGCUGUGCUGAGCGUGCGUAUGCAGCCUGUGACCCAGAGGUCGGGGAAGUGGGAGAGGCCGGAGAAGCCGAGCUCAGAGGAGCUCCGCUCCUGCAGCAUUGCCAAGCUGAGGGCCAAAGCCAGAGAGCAUGAGGCUGAGAUCCACAGUACUGUAAACAUGUCAGGAGGCGACACACAGUCACAAACACAGGAAGCUGAUGCCAUGCACUACGAUUGAUCAUUUUUCUUCUUCCUGUUUGUACAGAUAAUCUUAACCAAAAAAAAAAAAAAAACAAUGUAUACUAUUACUAUGCCGGAACAUACUUUUUGAAACUUUCUGGGAUGAGGAGCUUUAUUAUUUAGCCAUUAUUAAUUAAAUAUUUCUUGCUGUAUAAAAUGUUAGUAAUUUUCUAUAAAAUUAUAAACAAGUUGUCAUCUUGUAGCAUUUACAAAAAAAUGUUAUCUUCAUGGUACAUUCCAACUAACAGUGACAUUUUCUGGGCCCAUUUUUAUUUAAACAGAAUUUUUUAAUGUUCUGUUUCUCAUGUAUCACUGUUUUGUCUACUUUGAUAACAAUGUAGAACUGUAAAAAGUUUCUGUACCCUACAUUAUUUGAAUUACUUAGUUAACAUCACAUGCAUGUGAUGUUUACGUCUCUUUAUAUUCUGAAUGUGAUUUUUACACAUCUUAAAAGUGUUUAGAUUGUCAACUCUAAAUGAAUGACACAUACUGUGUGCCAGGUCUUUAACAGAUAACAGUGCCAAAUAAGAGAUGCUGCCACCUUAUCACAUCAGUCUAUCAGGGCACAGCUGAAAUGGGAUACUGUCAAAUAAUUUCUAAAUGAUUUCACUAAUGACAAGCUCAUCCCUGACCUCUUGGGUUACCUUCACAGACAGGCAGGAUGUCAGCAUGCAGCCACAUGUCCUCAAAGGAAACAAUGGAAAUAGCUGAAAAAUUAAAUCAUAAAGAGUGAGUCUAUAUAGAUGAUGCAUGUCUAUUUUUUUAACUAUAUGCAUCAAAAACAUUGUAUACUGAGUUUUUUGUUUUCAUUGAUAGUGAAACAGAUUCCAUAAAGAACUGUGAAUCUAAAGAGAAGGAAUUUUAAGGGCUUGUUUUAAGAGAGUUAAACCAGCAACAAAUGCAAAAUGAUAAUAUCAGGAUGAAAUAAUAAUUCAUAACAGCUGUGGUAAAUAAAUGAUGAAGUCACAAAAUGUGAGAUAACGUAGAACUAUUUUUUUGUAAACAUCUUUCAUCUGGCUUUGGCCCAACAAACACUGCAUUGUGUUGCUAAAUUCAGGUUAUGAACCACAUCUCAAACUGCAGACAAAAUUUAUCUGAUCGAUAUGAGAGUCAAUUAUUAGUGAUUUUCACAUGUUCCUAAACAAACACAGCUGUGAGUCUGGAGGCAUUUCAUAAUCCCAUGUGUGUACUCCACACAGUAUUUUACAUCAUACUUAAAAUACAACAUGAUAAGAGGAUACUGGUUUAAAACAUCUAAUCAACUAAUAAAUUUCCAGAGUUGCAAGUUAAUGUUUUAAAUAGUUUAGUAUGCUUAAUCUUCUGAAAAUAUAGAACUAUAACAAUUGAUAAUAAUAAUAGUAUUAGAUAAUACAAGUAAUGGAUGAUAAAACUGCCAUUUUAGUUUGUGUCCUAAUUCUAGUUGAAGUCCUGCAUAAGGUUUUGUUACAUACUUCUGCAUGGAAAUUAUACUAGAACUCUCUAUUUGAAUGCAUUGUUUAUGUAUUUGACCACAAGUUUGGAGUGGUGAGAUAGUCUUCUGACAGUGCAGUGUGACGCUGCCCCCACCUGGACAUGAAGAUGUCCUCAGACAGGACAGAUGAGACAGAUAGUUCAGACAAGGCAACGCCCAGUGAGUGUUUUUAAAAUCCAACUAAUGCAUACAUUUCCUUUUUACUGCGGACACACAUCUCUUAUUUGUUGCGUGGACCAUUUUUUGGAGACCCUGUUGUCGUGACAAAUAAACAAUUAAUGUCUUACAGUGAAUGAGGUCAGUGUGGGUCGCUUGUAAUUUAAAGACUCACGUUCAACUCUGGUCUCACACUAAUUACAUUUUCCAUGUCAGAGGUUUGAACAUUUACUGAGGAGGUCUCUGGGUCAAAUUUGAAACUUCUUUUCAAAAUGGGUUAUUUUUUAUUUUGUUUUCUGUUUAGGUGGAAUGACUCUUCAAGCUUUCUCACAAACGCGUCUAACAAACUUUAUGACUAUAAUUCUUCAUAAUCAGUUUAUUACAUGAAAGUUGCUGAAAAAUCAAGUUAUAAGUUUUUCCUAAAAUUUGGUGGGACAUCAUAAUAUGGGCUAAUUAGGUCAGAAUCCUUAUAUGACAAUAGUUGGCCUCAAUUAGUCCCCAAUUAGGCCCCACACAAAGAUGACUGAGGGGGGAAAAAAGCAUGCCAUAGAUUCUUUUCUUGGUUCUCAUACUGCACGCUGACCCCGAUAUGCUGGCUGAGAUAGCAAGUCUGGUGUUUAAUUACUUAAGAAAUCCUACAGCAUAUUCCUCCUUUACUGAGACCCAAAAAAGAUAAAUUUCAUGAGGCAUUAAAUGAAAAUAUGAUUGUAAAUGUCCAUAUAACCUAUAUAAGGAAAUGACAGCUGAAACCUUUGUCCUAAGAGAUUCCAACAGAAAUAAAAAAGGACAGCAGCAUUCUUUGUCAGAUUACAAUACCGUGACUAUUAUGCUAUCAAAUAAAUCUAAGUUUCUAUGCCCCACCAGGAGAAACGCAAAAUAUAAUAAAACAAAAUAAAAUAAAAUGUAGAGAGACAUUUGUUCCUUUUCAGUUUGACUUUAACCAUAUGGACACUGCAUCUUGCAUUCAAUUUCCCAAAAAUCCAGAUGGCUACUCCAGACUGGAGGAUCAGAAGUAAUCUGUAAGUAAUUAGAAAGUAAUCAAAACCAAAUACUGUAACAUUUUGCCUAAAGGUCACAUUUGAGGUUUGUGUUUUCAACAUAAGAGGCUCUCUGUGCACACCCAAUAACAUUUCAGAGUGACAUGUUUGAAUGACAAACCCAGCCUUUGUCACUCAUUUGUGGUACUGUCUGCAGGAUUAAGCAUAAAGGGGGACUAACUUGAAUUUUACCUUGCAUACUGGGAGCUGAUGCAGAAGCAGACUAAAUAUGUUUGGUUGUAGACCAUGUACUUAUAUUGUCAAGAGGUUCAAAUAU